UUUCUAGUGUAACGCGACCUCUGCUGGUGGAUAUCUUAACACUGACAAGCGCAAUUUCUAAAAUCUGGCGCGUCAUUAUUUGCGAUCACCAAAUAUAGCCCAUCUGGUCCUAUGGAGUCUUUUAGAAGUUAGGCCUACCACAUCCUUUAUAAUGUCUCAAAUCGGUUUACAUUUACAGUAACAAGCUCAGUCAGUCUGUAUAAGCGUAAUGUAUAUAAUAAAGCAUCAGUCAGUCUGUAAAAGGUGCCCACUUAUUUUAAUAUAGUGGAAAAUAUAUAACAAGACAUUCAAGAUUAGUCAGAGACAGGGUUGUCGCCGUAAGGAGAGUUGACACUCGUGCAUGCAGGACCCGGCGGCUGCAGUCUAUGCUCGAGCUGCGGCUUCCUCAGCAUCAGCAUCAUCUCCAUCGACUCGCAUCUUUUCUGGAACUAGAGCACCCCGACGAGCAGAAGAGGAAACGGCCGAAUAUAUCGGCUUGAAGUUGUUUAAAGAAGAAAAUUUGGACCCUAUACAGAAGAGGCAAUGAAGUGUUAUCCUUCACGAGCAGCUUGUUUUUUGUUGUUAGCAUGUCUGUCAUGUAUGGUGAGUGUGAUCACUGCAACAAAUCCAUACCAGAAACCCAGCUUCUUGGAUUUUAACUCUUGGUUCUGGAACACCCCUCGAGGGCCACAGAUGUACUCCUGCAUUACUUACAUUGAGAAGAACCUCCGGGUUGACUGUGAAUUCCCAGAGACCCACAAGAUCCCAGGGCCAUUCUGUGAGUUCAAACAGGAUGGGCGACUCAUGGGAUCCACCUACCCAAACAACCCGGUCCACAUGAUCCCACCUAUUGAGACCCGACGCCGAGCCAAUGUGACCCUGGUGUCACCUAACAUUUGUCGCCUCACCUGGAUGCCCAUGUCCGACGACCGCGCGUACACCUACACCUGCAGGGUUUAUCAGGGCAGCACCUGGAAGGAGAAUAGCAUGGCAUUCCACCAAAGAAAUCUUCUGGUGUGCUCUGCAUUAAGCAUAUUCUUUCACACUGGACCAUGGAUGCUUGCAGUUGUGAUAUCACUUCCUGUUUCCCUUGGGCUUCUGUCAGCAUGACCAGACCAACAUCGAACAGGCUUACACUCAAAGCCAUUCUCACAUUCAACUGCCUUUCGCAUUUUAAAUUAGAUUUAUAUUCAGUUAUUUUUACAUCUUACAUGGUUAUGUUGACUUUUAUGUUGUUGUUUUUUUACAGUUCUAAAGUUUCUGUGGAUAUCAUCAUUAUUACAUCUUCAGGAUUCACAGUGAAAACAAAAAACAAACUAGACAUGAUGCAUGUGACCCACUCAAGUAUAUAUGUCCAAAAUGCCUUUCGAUAUUAAACAUGAAAGAACAUUAGUAUACAAUGCAAAUUAGGAUGGUGAACAUGUUCUUAUCACGUAAAGACGUCCAACUAACAGGUGUUUGAAGGUAGGCUUAUAGCGAAAUACUACAGUUGUACUACACUACUGUUCAAAAGUUUGAGGUCAGUAAGAGUUUUGGAAAGAAAUGAAUACAUUUAUUCAUCAAGGAUGCAUUAAAUUGAUCAAAAGUGACAGUAAAGACAUUUAAAAUGUUAGAAAACAUUAAAGAAUCCUGAAAAACAGUUAGUACAGUUUUCAAAAAAGUAAGCACAAGUGUUUUCGAUAUUGAUAAUAAAAUGAGUUUCUCAAGCAUCAAAUCAGCAUAUCAGAAUGAUUUCUAAAGGAUCAUGUGGCACUAAAGUCUGGACAGCUUUGCCAUCACAGAAAUGAAUUAUUUUCAAAUAGAAAAUGGUUAUUUUAAAACAUAUAACUGUUUUAUUGUGUUUUGAAUCAAAUAAAUGCAGCCUUGGUGAGCUUAAGAGAUUUCUUUUAAAAGCAUUAAAAAAAAUCGUACUCCAAAUUUUUGAACAGUAGUGUAUGUUGAUUUAAAAUAUUUCAAUCUGAACAUUUACAAACAACAAGUUUGUAACAGCAAAUGUUGCAGCUGCUUAACACAAUCUAUACAAUGAAUUUAUUCUUGAAUUUACAGUAAGAUUAGUGUUGAACUGAACGCAGCAUGUUUGUCAUUUGCAUUGAAUUCAGAUGAAGGACGGCACAAAAAAGUAUAUGCAGAAGCUUGAGAUGAUCAGGCAUCCCAAAUAUUGGUCACCUAAAAUAUUCUCUGUUGUAAGAAAUAUAUGUUAUUGUUUUGAUACAUGGCAUAGGACAUUUAUACAGUAUCAGUUAUGUGCUUCCCUCAAAUCAAGUCAUAUAGUAGCUCAAAAAGAUAUUAUACUUUUUAUUGCUGACAUUUUUGUAAUAUUUAUAGAAAUAAUUGAGUGAAAUCAUUGUAAGAGUAAUCUGUAAUCUCAUUUAUCGGAUGGCUGGUUUAUCGAUCCUUGCAAUUUGUCCAGUGCAAAAUGCAUUAUAUAAGUUUAUCAUUGUCUUAGCGCUUCUGUUUAUCACUUGAAAAAGGACAGCUCUGUCUGAAGGACAUCACCACUGCUGACAUAUUAUAUUGCAGCACUCACACAUGAUGCAACUAAAUAUCCUGUGGACAAAAAUUCAAGGACUUUCUGUUCAGUUAUGUUUAGGGGAAAUAAUGAUACAGGCCUGGAACAGAACACAACUGCAUAAGCAUGAGUCUAUUAAGUUACAUGAUGAUUAAGUAUUUAAAUGUACUCUUACAUGUGUUUCUAUGUGUCGUCCAUUGCACUUGUAUGCACAUGCUUAAUUGCACUGUGUUGCUUCCGCACGUUUAGCUGCUUUUCACACAUGCUUCCUUGCACUAACCUUAAGUGCCUUAGGUUGGCUUUAAGGUAUAAUCUGAGCUUUAGAAAUGUAGUGCUUUGUCUGUUUCAUUUUAAUGACUCACAAAUACUGCAUAGCAACAUUUCAAGCGCCAGCACACACAUUUCACGCACUUAUAUUUGUGGGGAAAACCUUUGUCUUCCCUUCUUUCACUCUUUCCAUUGCAUUGUCUUAUUUUUUGAAGGAUCUAUACUGAGAAAUGUCACAGAAAACAAUAAAGGA